GGUGCAGCACAGCAGAUGCAUCACUCAGUGCAGCGGUACGAAGUGCGGGACAGCGGGACAGCGGGACGACGGAGAUGCAGCCAAUCCUUCCCGUCACUUGUCUUGUGUGCUUCACUUCGCUUCGCCUCGCUAUACGGAAUGGCGCUCGUGUGGGCUGUGCUUGUGCGUUAUGCUGGUGGUGGUGCUGGUGGUGCUGAUGCUGGCGGUGCUAAUAAUUACUACAUCCUGUUACUAUACUGAUAUUGCUACUGGUGCUGGUGCUGGUGCUUGUGCUCGUGCCUCGUGGAAACUGCCCCCUUGGCUGCUGCUUAGCUGCUGCUUGGCUACUGCUUGGCUUGGCUUCCACAUGGUCACCCGCCUGACGGCCGCCUCUUACAUCGGCAGCAUCCCUGAUAGCACAUCCCCUCUUCUCUCAUCCCUCCCUCAUCAUCCCUCCUCCCGCCUACUCCGUACUCCGUCCGUACCAACUAAUACAAGUGACUACGUCCUCCGUCCUCCGUACUCCGUACCUUACCUACCCGUACGGAUACUGUUACGUCGUUGCCACCCGUCGGUCGCGGAACCGCAUAAACAAGUCCGAGUCAUUGUGUGCCGCAAUCAUAACCCUGGCACCCACUUGACUGACAUCCUGAUGAGAGCCCUUGCAAGUUCAGUAAUCCAUCCCCAAAAGGCGAGAUUUACGAUGGGCCCUCCGUCACUUUUCGUCAUUGAUCAUCCGUCACAAAUCAAUUCGGCAGAUAAACCCGUUAUUCCCGUCGGGAGAGCCCUCACCCAUGCUCCCACCUGCAAGGCGGCGACGACGCAUCACCACUCCCAGAUUUGA